CUUCAGAUAAUACAAAUUCAAAUGCAGUUCCUAAAUUCAAAUUCAAUUCCUGGUGGCACAUAUUCCAGCCCAUAUACCUGCUCUGGACGCAGUCCUCAACAGGUCUGUUGCGCAUGCGCAUUUUGAGCCAAAUGAGGAAGUGGACGACGAAAUCUCAUGGGUCACAACACGGUGCUGUCAAAGCAGCACAGUCAGUGUAUUAACGGAAUUUAUGGCUCGUCUACCUCGGCUGAAGGUCGUGGAGAGCUGAAGCCUAUCCCUGCUGACUAGAGGAGAACGGCAGACUCCAUCCUGCAAUGGUCGCCUGUCAAUCAAAAUAGAGACGGAUAACUAUUAGCAAUCACAGCCACACCAUCACUGAGUGAAAACUGCACCCCGUUACCUGCACGGAAGUGAGUUUCUUCGCCACAAUGCAAGUGAGCAGAAGUAACAUGCUAGAUGUUGGGGUCUUCAACAAGGUCAAAUACUCCCAUCUCGCUGGAGAUGAUGACGGGUACAUUGAAUUACAGUUUAAGAAAAGUCCUCCAAAGGUCCCCUAUAAGGCAAUUGCUCUGGCAAUUUUCCUCUUUUUGAUUGGCUCCUUACUCAUCACCUUUGGGGCCCUUUUUCUGUCAGGUACCAUUGACGUGGAGCACCCAGAUCGCAUCAUCCCUGUCAUCAUUAUUGGGCUUCUUGUUUUCCUUCCUGGAUUUUACCAUUUGAGAAUCGCCUAUUACGCCGCCAAGGGAUACCGAGGUUAUUCCUAUGAUGACAUCCCAGAUUUCGGUGACUGACUGGGGCGUCAGCCAUCUGAGCAUCCACGCUCCCUUUGCCAAACAUAUAUCCAUAAAGAACCACCUGCUGUCUUCUUUCUCCAAGCAUGUAAUGUAUAACAAAUAAGACAAAUGUAUUACGCUGUUCAGAAAUGGCACUCCAUGUUUAUCCCUUGGUGGACUAUACCAGAUUUAAGAUAA